GCGGAAUGAGUAAUGAGUGGUGAAGUGGGUGCCUCGUUAGCAGCCUCACAAAUAAAAACAGUGGUGCUCGUUAUCCAUGCUAAAGAGUUUAAGAGCGAGAGAGAAUGACAAUAUCUCUUUUCUCAGUUCCUACGCCUCAUCAGGCACAAUUGUACAAGAACAAUUACUCAUACCCUUCUUUUCCAAAGUUAACUAUUCCUCUGUGCUCUCCUUCCACUCCAACUUCUGUUAUAGAAGAAGAGGGUACUUCUCCUUCACCAGAUGACCCAUCUGAAUAUUUGCCAAACAGCGGUUGUAAGGGGUGUGGAAGAGAAGAAAUGGAGAAAGGAUGCAAUGGGGAAGGAAGGAUUCAGGGUGGUAUUGCAAAUGUACCCGGCUUUGGCUGGUGGCCCAUUAAGGCUUACAGGCCAUGCCCUUCAUUCGUGGCAUCUGGUGGUAGGUAUAGGCGACAAGGACAAAGCAUGGACGAGGUUAUCUCACCCACUAGCUCCAAGCCUAGAAACAAAAAGGAAGAUCCGAAGAAAUUUAAGAGGUAAAAAUGUUCAGGAGGAGUACACCAGACAUUGCUUUGUUGAGGUGAAAUAAAACCUGUAGCUUCAAGGAGAAGGGGAAGAAAAUGUCAGUGAUAUUCUGGUUUGCUACAGAUGUUAAACUCAAUAUUCUGCAAGGACUAUGGAAAUGUGUAACAUAUCUUAUCAAUGCAUUGGUAAAUAGGGGAUGUCAUUUAAUCAUGCAUGUUGGAUGUCUUUGAAUCUCAACAGCUUUUUUCUUUUCAUUCAUAACCAGUUCAACUGAUAUAGAAUUGGGCUAAAGUAGGGAUAUUUCUCUCCUUUGUUUAAAAUAAGUUUAAGGUUCUGUAAUUUAAGUUAGGGAAGUACACCCUUGUUUUAACUUUGAAGGACUAAAAAUGAUUUUAACACAUACAGAAUGAAUAAUGUCAAAUUUUGAGAUU